CGACAUUCGGACUCCAAGCACCAGAUGGGGCGCUCGCCGCUGCUCACAGAAUAGUGUAAUCCAGAUGCGACCCAGCACCCCAAGAGAGCGAUGACAGCAUUGAAGACAAGGAGGUCGUAGACGGAGAUUGGAGUAAGAGCAAAGGAAGAGGAAAGAGCAUUUGCCAGGCGGAUCAGUCUAGUAGUAUGAGUUGGUUCCAGCUGAGAUUAUGAGUGAGGUUUUUAUGUUUGUGUGAUUGGCAUCAAGUCACAAAUAAUCAUCGUGCUCGCGAACUGCUGCUCUUUGCUAGGACCGGUCGUCCCUCUCGAUUGAAUCUUGCAGUCCGAGCCCUUGCUCUCUUUCCGCCUCGUCCAGGCCUAAUCGACCCGACAUUAACGGUGCCGCUCUGAGUCUCUCCGCAUCGCUCCCCUUCCACCUGCCGCCACCUGUCAUGCAAAGCUUGCGUUGCAUCUCUGUCAGUUGGCGGGGGGUCAUCUGACACGCAGCGAGGCGCCGCGCCCGCUCGCCAAUCAUCGAAACGACCGAUGGAGCGUUCUAAUAACAACCGCAUAUACUCGUCAUGCAUAAUGGAUCCAUUCAUUCCCCUCCUGAUUUCCGGUCACAUGGGGACUGUAAGAUUGAGACCCGGCGUUUAUAAAGCGGGGAAGACGGAUCGACAGGUCGAACGGACCCAGUCCAAGUCCGACCACCAUCUUCCUGCUCGUAGCUUGCAUUCAAGGCUGCUGCAAUGCUUCCGCCCGGGAUUCUUGCCGUCGUCAUCGCCGCGUGUCUAGGGCGUGGAGCGGUGUCUCAGUCGAGUAGUACCGGAAGCGCCCAUUCGAUCAGCUUCUCUGCAUCCCAGAGUUUUCCAACGACAACCGUGUCCCAGGUCGCAGUCGCGACGCUGACUGCCACGCCAUCCGGCUCGGCAGGGGCCCUUGUCCCAUCUCAAGCUGCUCUUCCCCCCGUUCAAGCCUGGUGUCCUUCAGAGAUCUUCUGCGCAGGCUCGGUUCUCCAGACGCUCAACCUGGCGGGUAUCUUCACGGACCCCAAAACCAUCGUCGACAAACCGACUUCGAAAAACAGGAGCACUGUGCUUGCUGAUUUUGCGGCGUUGAACAGCAGCGGCACCGCUCUCACGGAGGGCCAAGUCGUGAGCUUUGUGGACGCUGACUUUACCGGCGAAGGACAGGAACUCGAGGCUGUCGUCCUCCCUGGAUUCACCACGACCCCAGCUUUCUUAAAGAACGUGACGGAUCCGCUCCUCAAGGCAUUCUCGCAGACGGUGAAUGGCUUCUGGACGCAGCUGGUUAGAGGCACAAAUGCCAGCACCCUAUGCGACGGGGUGAGAUGCGAAAGUUCGCUCAUUCCUCUGAAUCACACUUUCGUCGUUCCCGGUGGCCGUUUCCGCGAGCAGUACUAUUGGGACUCGUAUUGGAUUGUGGAGGGCCUCUUGGAGUCCGAGUUGUUCACCAUCGUCAAUGACACACUCCAAAACUUCAUGGACGAGAUUGAGCGGUUUGGUUUCAUUCCCAACGGGGGGCGAAUCUACUAUCUCGAUCGGUCCCAACCACCGCUCUUCAUCCAAAUGCUCGCGCGUUACGUAUCUGCAUCGAACGACACGGGAAUCCUGACCAGAGCCCUGCCCAUCGCUGAGCGAGAAAUCGCUUGGUGGGCGGCCCAUCGAACGGUUACCGUGAAGAGCCCGCUCACAAACAAAACACACUCGAUGAUCCAAUACAAAGUGAACAACACUGCCCCACGACCGGAGUCCUACCUGACUGAUUACUUGACCGUCCACGAUCCAUCACAACCUUCGCUGAACGCAACGCAGUCUGCUGAUCUCUAUGCUGAGCUGGCCAGCGGUGCCGAAACAGGCUGGGACUAUUCGUCACGAUGGAUCACGGACACGAGCUCCAAUCUGCGCAAUUUGAAUGUCAGGAAGACGUUACCAGUCGAUCUGAACAGCAUCAUGUACAAGAACCGUGUGAUAAUGGCGGACUUGUAUAACAAGACCAGAAACGCAACCGCAGCAACGUCUCAUCGGGCUGCUGCGGCUACCAUCAAAGACGGUAUCUUGGACCUGUUUUGGAAUGCGACUAAACUUGCAUUCUACGAUUUCAAUCUGGAUACGAACGCCCAAAACAAUGUCUUUACGAUGGCCGCGUUCUAUCCGUACUGGAGCGGCAUCAUUCCGGCGGAGAUUGCGCGUAACAGCUCGAACGCGUUCGGUGCCUUUGCGGCUGUGAAUAUGGUGCUCAAUAGAUACAAUGGGACAAUGCCCGUCUCGUUCAUCGAGACCGGGUUACAGUGGGAUGCUCCCAACGCAUGGCCGCCGCAUCAAUAUAUCGUUCUUCAAGCACUGGCCGCCUUGCCCUCGAAUGUGUCUCAGGGGUCUAUCCCCACUCCAGCUGCGGGGCAGAACACGUUCUCGCUCAUCCCCGCUGGCCAACUGGGCCUGUCAGAAUCGGCCCUUCCGCUGCAGAAUUACAACGCGACUGUCAAUGUCACUUCGUCUGGCCCCGUUGCAGAUCUAAAUGCGCUAAAUGGCACUGUCUUCAAUGGAGGCAACGCGACGGGCGGGGGCUGGGCCGAGGCCCUGCGAGUGCAGCUUGCCAAUCGCUACUUCGCCAGUGCUUUGUGCAGUUGGUGAGUAUCAUCUGUCCAGGGUGUCCUUGCGCUUAUUCUGGCAUAGGCAUGCGACCGGGGGCUCCAUCCCGGAGUGCUGCCGCGCUUGUCGGACUCGGAGUUGAAUGUCACUCAAAGUGUCAAUAACACAGGCAACAUGUUUGAAAAGUUCUCAAUCUCGGACAUCGACUCUGCUGGUCGCGGAGGGGAGUAUGUCGUGCAGGCCGGCUUUGGCUGGACAAACGGAGUCGUACUGUGGAUUGCGAGCAACUAUGGGUCCUCGCUUGUGGCCCCACAAUGCCCUCCAGUAACACAAAUUGCGGCUGCAAGCCCAGCGAGUGCCAGCCCUAGUGGCACAUCGACUGCAUCUUCACUAUCGGCGACGCCGGCUGCAGCUUCGGCAACUCCCACUACCGGAGGCUCUUUCAACGUUCAAGUAUCGGGAUUGGGGUCUCUGCUUUCCUUGGCAACUGUGCUCGUGAUGUACGCAUUUGUAUAGCAAAUUUGUAACUG